AUUCAAUAAGAUGAAGUUAUUACUGGUUUUAGCAGCUGUUGUAGGGCUCUCGGAGGCAUUCUUAUGGAAGAAAAGUCCAGAGUGGGAUGAGCUGAAAGUGAAGUUUGGUGUUCCAUUUAGUGAUUUCAAUUCCCAGCCCAGGACCGUAAAGGAAGCUGAGCAGCAAGGGUGGACGGCUGUUGGCACAUGCGCAGCCAGCAAUGGAUACAUGGGAAGACGUUAUGUGAAGGAUGGCAACAGUGCCGUCAUGCUGUUGUUUGACAAGAAUGGCUUCAUUGCUGGUAUACAAGCUGGGGUACCAAAAGGUCUCACCAAUGGAUUCCCCUACCCUGCAACCCGCCACAUGUUCAACACCAAAGGAUCCGAGAAUGUCAUCACUGCUUACUUCACAAAUCCAGCAACUAUCUGCAGCCAAGGAAGGUCGAGCAGUCAGUUUGAUACUGAAGGUACAGGUACUGGAAUGUUCGUCCAGAAUGGUCCUAACCCACUCACUAACUUUAUCUCAGUCCCUAUGACAGAAACUGGAAUUGCGAAGACAAAGUGGACCAAAGGAAAAUGCUUCGUUGGAAUGGGCCAGCACUAUUGGUACAACACCUCUGAAAAUAUGAACUGUGAAAACUUCUUCCCAAUGUUCCUUCUCUACACUGAUGGCAAAUUGAAAGGCUUUGGUUGGGCCCUUGAUGCUGAUCUCACUUCAGAAACAUGGGAACAUCCACCACCUGCACUCUUCUCACUCUUCAUGGACCCUGUACUAGAGGUGUCAAGUAUUAACCGGUUAACCGGUUAA